AUGAUGCUUUCCCUCGAAGGUAUGUCGCUGAAAAUCAUGUCUGUAAUGGCCCUCCUACUGGGUUUGUCCUCUGUUGCCCAAGUGGUCGCUAAACCAGUAGAUAAACGAUCUUCCUUCUCUCCCGUCGAGACGUCUCCUCUUGGGUAGGUUAAUAAUCCUGUGUGUUAGUUCUAUCUCAGCAAAUUGGAAACACAAAGUUAUGGUAUUUCACGUGUGUUAAUAAACUUUAGUUUUCAAAGGAAAAAAACAAAACAAAAAUCUUUCCUGCGCAUGCUUUCGUCACCCCAGAUGGAGAUCUGGUACCUCGUCACAGGUUCGACUUCAAGCAAAAAGUGUUUUAAAGUUCUCCCAUGCAGUUAAAAAAUUAACAUGCUGCACACUCUUUCCUCAUCUCAGGUCCCCAUAAAGAAAGAUGCAAAGAUGCACGGCUAGUUUUGUCGUUCAAUUUUUAUCCCUUGCUCGUUCAUAUAAUCAGAGACCAUAAAGUCGAAUCCUUCUGGCCAAAAGCUUCAUCCCAGUGGUCAGCAUUGGGAUAAGGCGGAAGAUGAUGAACGUGGGCUCAAGGGAGGGCUAAAACUACACAGAAAUCUCUUUUAUUGGAGCAAAAUAACCCUAACAACGAUUCAGUCUUAAUCAUUGAAGUGCAGCAUUUUUUUGUCUCCAUUCGCUUGAUUCCUUUGUAUCAAAUGUCUGUUUAGAGUCGAGGAUGAAGGAACCAAAGAAGAGAAUUGUCCACCAGGGUAUGUUAAAUAGUUAUCUUGCAUUAAUUCCUUUUAUCAGUUAACGUGAAAUUAUUCCUAGCGAAACACUUUUGAAACAUUUCAUCGUUAAGUAUUAAGUAUUGCUCGUAGCGCCGUCUUCUUGUCAUUAUGAGUAUUUACCGAAGUAUUAAGCGGUUGCUAAAAAGAUGCUUCAUGCGUUCUCUUUAGAGAUACGAUACUAUUAACAACGUUUCAAAAUAGGAUCUUACUCAUUUCUUAUUGCAGCUCUGUCGGUCUCCACACGAUUUCAGGGUAUCCAUUGACUGUUUAUUUUUCGUCCUGCAGAUAUUGGUGUCGCAGAAGUGAGUUGGUUAGGGAUGAAGAAACUCAUGAAGAAAAUUGUCCACCGGGGUGUGUAAAUAUUUAUCUGCCAUUAAUUCCUAAUAUUAAUUAACGUGAAAUUAUUCCUAGCCGAUAGCUUAGAUAUUUUACGUGAACUACUUCUUUAGUAGUAUGAACUGAAACAAGAUACUGAUCUCCGUAUAAUUCCUACGUAAAUAUCUGUAAACUCUCGCCGAUGACGUUAAAUAAUAGAUCUUUCCGCUUGCACAGGGUGCAAAAAUAGCACCACACCCACGACUAACCAAGGAAAGGGAGAGCCUGGAAACCAGUCUGUAUUGCAAUGCCUCUGAAAAAAACCCUCCCUCAUAGGCAAAUACAAUCUGUGUAUAACUCUACUGCUUAUGAUCAGUGACCAUUACGUCGAAUUCUGAUGAAAUAUUCACUUGAAUUGUCGCCGACAGGUUAGGAAGUCGAAAAUAAAGCACGUGGGUUCAACAUCCUUAUGAUAAAUCCACAACACAUUUCAAUCCGUAUUCCUCUUUUUCCUUAGCUUCUUUUCUCAGAGCAAAAUAACGAACGAUUCAAACUUAAUCAGUACGGUACAACUUUCUUGAUGUUCAUUCACACCACUCCUCUGCGUCAUUCAUUCUUUAUUUCCUUCCUUGCAGCUAUUGGUGCCGAAGAAGUAUGAUACCAAGGAAUGAAGAUACUCAACAAAAAGAUUGCCCACCAGGGUAAGUAGAUCUUUAUCUGUAGAUUCCUAAUUAUACCGAAGCAAAAUUUUUGUUUUCUCUCGUGAAGUAUCUCGUUAGUACUUUCAAAUGAAAGCAAGCCCUAAUUACUGCCAUAUGUAAACAUUCUCCCACUGCCUCCUUUUAAAAGAUUCCUGUACAUCUUAAAACUGUGUAUUUUCCGUCCUGUAGCGAUUUAGAGUGCCGAAGAAGUGAGCCGGUUAGGGAUGAAAAAACGCAACCAGAAAAUUGUCCUGUAGGGUAUGUUAAAUAAUCGUCUUCUCUUGAUUCGUUGUAUCAGUUAACAUGAAAUUAUUCCCACACUUUACACUUUUGAAAGUAUUUUUCAACUUCACCAUUAAGUAUUCAUUGUAGAGCCGCCUUUUUGUCAUGGUCACGGACAAAAAAAAAUUUUUGUAUUAAGUGAUCAUGAGUUUUUACCGACGUAUUAAGCAAUUGCUAAAAGAAUGCUUCGGAUUAUCCUUCUCUUUAAGAAAAAUACCAUCAACAACGUUUCAAAAUUUGGAUUUUAUUCACUUUAUUACAGCUUUUUCGGUCUUCGCACGAUUUCAGGGUAUCUAUUAACUAUUUAUUUUUCCUCCUGCAGAUAUUGGUGUCUUAGAAGUGAGUUGGUUAGGGAUGAUGAAACUGAUGAAGAAAAUUGUCCACCCGGGUAUGUAAAUAUUUAUCUGCCAUCGAUUCCUAAUAUGAAUUAACGUAGAAUUGUUCUCAGUCGAAAGCUUAGGUAUUUCACGUGAAUUACCUCUUUGGUGGUUUGAACUGAAAUGAGAUUCUGAUCUCCGUAUAAUUCCUAUGUAAAUAACUGUAAAUUCUCUCCGAUGCUGUUUCAAAAAAGAUCUCAGUCUCUCGAACGUGAUCAAUGUUAAACAGCACCAUACCCACGACCAACCAAGCAAAGGGAGAGCCUGUAAAGCAGUUGGUGGUAAGAAAGGCGAGAGCCUGUAAACCAGUUAGUGGUGCAAUGCCUCUAAAUACGACCCUCACACUUGGGCAAACUACUAUCUACAAACUUUCCUUUCUUUGGUAUCAAGUAUUCAUUAUAGUGCAUCCUUUUGCUCUUCAUUAACAAAGAGGCUGUUGUGUGCUUUAACUGAGUAUUUUUUCCGACAGGUACUGGUGCCGUUGAGUCAAAGAUUCACAGUGUCAACCGAGGUACGUAUAUAUUUAAUCAUCCCAUUUCGAUUGAGUAAUAAAGCGUUUCCACUGAAGCGCAUCGCGCUCGCAUCGCUCAACAAGAAAGUAAAAUUAUACAAAGAACCUCAUCUCCAUGGUUCACCUUUGCAUAUCUUUUAUCGUCUCCCUUCCCCCAUCAAAAGCCUCCAAAAAAAAGUACAUCUUUGUAAGACAAUUAUUUUAUUAUUUAUGUAGCACAAGUUGCUGAUCCAUUGUCUACAGAAAUUUACGCCAUUAUCGCAGUCUGGGGAUGCUACUGCUGAAACAAUACUCACCAGAGAAUCAAGGGAACGGAGCAGUUAUCAUUAAAAUGUUUA